AGCGAUGUGAGUCGGACGCUACACGUCUCUCGGUUUUGGUGCCUUCGCGCUCAUUCGCGCCGCGGGCGGAGCGUGCGAAUUUGGGCCAAGAACAAAUACCUCCGGCCCUCUCAUUCUCCCAUCAACUUUAAUCAAUACUCCAUCCCUUUCAGCUAUUUUCUCUUCUCGACGAUUUGAUGUAAUCAGUUCAAUGUUUACAUUGUGUAUAGUAUCAAUCAGGUGAUGAUAGUUUAUCGCGUGUUGAUAAGAGGUGUUGUAGGUCAACCGCGGUGUUGCUUCGAUCUGUACGGUAUUAUGGGCAGAUCGGGUCUGGUAGCGAGGUGACUAAGAAUCAUGCCGGUACUACGCAACGCUGACCACCCCGCCUCAAAAGCCGCCGAUGUGUGCACGCGCUAUUCAGUCGCCGUGCUCGGCGCCUGGGCCGCCGAGACAGCGACAUAUCCGUUUGACGUGACCAAGACAAGACUGCAGAUACAAUCAGAAGUGGCAGCGACUAAACAUGGAUAUAAGCUGGAGAACCACGGCAUGAUCCAAACAGCGGUCAAAAUAGCAAAGCAAGAAGGUGUCUUCAAGCUAUGGAGCGGACUGAUGCCAAUGUUUCAACGGCAUGCAAUCUACUCGGGCUGCCGCCUCAUCAUCUACGAGCAGCUUCGCGAGUGGAUGAAGGAUGAAAAUGGACAGGUCACCUUGGCGAAAGCGUCUGUGGGUGGGCUGGCAGCAGGGUCUCUGGCACAGCUGAUUGCGUCGCCAACCGACUUGGUUAAGGUCCAGAUGCAAGCCGAAGGUAGAAGAAUCCAGCAGGGCAAGCCACCCAGAUUCAACAACUGCAGGCAGGCAUAUGCUAUACUAUUUCGAGAAAGCGGGAUUAAAGGAUUCUGGCGAGGAGCGGUGCCGAACGUGCAGAGAGCGGCUCUAGUCAAUAUGGGAGAUUUGGCUGCGUACGACGUUAGCAAGCAGUUCCUGAUUCGGGAGUUCGGUAUGGCCGACAACACAUUAGUUCAAGCGGCAGCGGCGUUUAUGGCUGGUUUCGUCGCUGCCGUCUUGGGAACUCCUGCUGAUGUGCUGAAAACACGCCUUAUGAACCAACCUGUGGGUCCUGAUGGAAGAGGCACACUAUACCGUGGCAUGAUGGACUGUUUACAACAAUCGGUGAAGAACGAAGGUGUGCUAUCUCUCUACAAAGGUUUUCUACCCCUCUGGAUGCGAUUGGGGCCCUGGGCUUUAAUUAAUUGGAUAGCGUUUGAAAAUAUCAUGGUGGCAAUAGGAGGGCAUACGUUUUAGAAUAUCGUAGUAACUUUGCACCAUUAGGAAGAGCUAAACAUUGCAGGAGCACAAGAACAAUGCAGAACUCCCAUAUAAAGUUUUGUUGACCUGAUUUUUUAGCAUCUGUAGUAGGUCAAUGCAUCUGUAUAUGGAAGACAUGUAAAAGUAUAGAGUUAAAUUCCUAAAGAAACUGCUCUUGGGACUAUUAUUCUAAGCCUGAUUCAAAGAUAUUCCUGUUUGAAGUUGCCAAAAGAUAAUUUACGAGUACAUUUUGCUGUGGACUCCAACCCAACAAAAUAUAGUCGUAAAUUAUAUUUAGGUAAGCACUUGUCAUUUAAAUCGUUUUAUUUCCGGACUUAGAAAAGCCGUUAGUAUAAUUUGAAAAAAAAACCUAACAAAAUCAUUUUAUUCA